UCGUUUUGACAACCAUUUCACAAUAAACAUGAUGAGUUAAACAUGACCGUGUCUUCUUCCGUUAAGAACAUAAGAAAUUGCGAGAUUAGUAAUCACUUGUGUAUUCAACAGUCAUGAUAAAUGAACUGAACUGGUGUUGAACUUUCUGUGUUGCCCGACACUUUGCGAAGUUUUCGCGCGGAACCAAUCACAUUCAGUUUUGAAUCCGGUUCCUUACAGGAAGAAGAAGAAGAGCUGAUUAUGAUCGCUUGGAUUGUCAUUUUACAGCAAUGCAUUCAGUUAAAACAGGAUCACUCUUAAAAUUUAACUACCAUAGUCAAUAUAGAAUCAUUGUGCAUAAGACAUGGAAACCUAUUCAUAUUUUUCAUCUGAACAGCAAAAGACCAAAUUUAUUAUUUGAGCUUAAUUUCUCAAAAUUCUGUUAUACCCAGCAAUCACCAAACAAACACAGCAAAUUUCAUACUAGUCCAAGACGUCAUUUUGAUCCAACAGUAUGGCCAAUUAUUAGGAAUGUCUUGAAAGGUACAGGGAUUAUCAGUGGAAGAGGUUUUAGACAAUGGUGGCAAUCACUUCCAGAUAAAAAAAGAAGAUACUUCUUUCAUUCUGCCAGGAAAAAGCGCCAUGAACUGAUAUUACUAAUCACAUUGUUAGGCUGCUGUUUCUAUGUUUACCAUUGGAAACAUCUCCAGGUGGCACCAGUUUCAGGACGAGAGAGGUUUAUUGCUUUUACAGAUUAUCAGUUUGAGAAAAUUAUGGAAUUUAAUGCUCAAAAGCUGUGUGCUAAUUUAAAGGAAAAGUUCCUCCCGGCUAAUCACUUGUACUAUGAUGUAGUUCUGAAUACAUUGAAUGUACUGAUUAAUGCCAAUCAAGACAUCAGUGAGGUAAAGGACAUAAAGUGGACAGUGGCUAUAGUUGAUAAUCCUGCAGUCAAUGCUAUUGUGUUACCAACAGGCCACAUAUUUGUAGACAGAGGACUAAUGGAGUUUGUACAUGAUGUGGAUCAGUUAGCUUUUGUACUAGCACAUGAAAUGUCUCAUGCUAUUCUUAAACACACAGCAGAAAAUUUAAGCAGGCUACAGUUAGUUGAUUACCUUGUGAUAUCUACCAUGACAGCUUUAUGGGCCUUAAUGCCAAAUGAUGGGAUAGCUAUUGUUUUUCACUGGUUCCUGAACAAAGUUGUCAAUGUUCUGUUAGAUUUGCCUUACAGUAGAUUCCUGGAGAGUGAAGCAGAUAAAGUUGGGUUGGAACUGGCAGCAAAAGCAUGUUAUGACAUCAGAUGUGGAACUGUAUUCUGGACAAUGAUGAGCUUUGCUGAGCAGCUUGAAGGCAGAUCUAAACCAGAAUGGUUGAGUACUCACCCAUCAUCUUUUAAAAGAGCAGAAUUAUUUGAUUGUCUCAUUCAUAAGUACACCCAUGUACGGCAUGAGUGUAAAUGUCCGCCAUUACCAGAGGUGGAUCCACGAGGUAUUCUGCAUGAUUUGAAGGUCAAGGUUGACAAUUAUGUCACAGCAAGAAAAACCAGAGCUAGAAUAGAGAGGUUAAAAAUUCCACUGCCUGACCAUGAUAAAGAUCAUUUAAAUAGAUCUCUUACAGUUGAUAGGAACAAAGGAAGAGACUUUUCUGUGAAAGUUGGAAUUUUACCUGGUGUAAAAGAUCCUGAUGCUUCAGGAGACAUGCAAGAAAUGAAUGAAUUGAAUGAUCAAAGUAUGGAGAACAACAUUGAAGAAAGAGUCAUUAACAGUACUAGUACUGAGCAAAAUAAGAAAGUUAACAAAUAGUAUAGUAAAUGAGAAUAAUUACUAAGUGAGUAAUUGCCAUCACUUGGCAUCUGUCUAGGCUGUCUAAUCUACCUUGCAUCUGAAUUAGGGGUGGAAAUAGUGGGGUCCUUUAUGGAGCUACAUGUAUAUGGUUGAUGCAUUGGAUUUUUAUAUGUUCUACUUACCAUGUCUAGUUUGGGGGCCCCCUCUUUUUCAAAAUCCUGGAUCUGCAUCUGUGAAGUAUGUCUUUUAGUAAAACAACAGUUUUAGUUAAAGAUCUUUUUAUGAGGUAUACAGCCAUGAAAUGAGUUUAAAUUCAGUGAAUCGGUGAAAUUAUGUAAAAUCUUGAUUAUUUGACUUGUGCAUACUCAGAAAUAAUAUAGAGCACAACCAUAGAGAAUAAAUAUAUAUUGUGUUCAUCUAUUCACUGGCAAAAAUAUUUUGGGAGAAGCUUGUGCUCUAUGUAAAUUUAGCCGAAAUGUCCUAAUAUAAAGCUAAUUUUUAAUUAAAUUCUGACAAAUCUGGUUUCUGAUGUCACUUUAACGACAUCACAGUCAAAUAGUGUCAUCAAGGCUUGAAAAGCCUUUCUCUUGAUGCUUGAAAAAUAUGAUUAGUGGUGACAUCAGACAAUGUUUUAUUUUUGGUGAAUUUACAGGGACAAAUAAGCCCCUUACUGUAUCUUGUCCUUCAGCAGGUAUUUGGUAUAGAAUGUGAAACAAGUUCUCCUCCACAGAUCAGACAUGACUUUUAUUUUGGUUGGUCUUUUUUUUUGGUCCAAUGUUGUUGCGGUCCUUGUAGAUGGUGAGCUGUAAAUGAUAUAUGAUAAUGUAUGGGUAGUCACCUUUUAUAUUUGAGUUUGAUUUGACUUUUUUAUUUUACCUUAUGAUAACUGAUGGAGUCUGUCAAUUUCAUGAAAAUGCCAUCUACUGUAUCACUAGCCUGUCAACAAUGAGGUUGUGAGUUCGAAUCCUGCUCGUGGCAGGUGUGUUCGGCUCAAUCUUAAUUGACUAGGAUUGUCAGUUUUCCUACUGAAAGUUGGUUGUUUUCUGAAGGCACUCGUGUCUAGCUUCCUAGCAGAUAUGGAUCUGUAUUUUAUGCCCCCCCCCCCCGUAGUGGAGGGGGCAUUAAGUUUUACCUUUGUCCAUCCGUCCGUAUGUACGUACAUAUGUCCAAAAGUUGGUUUCCAUUCUCUAACUUUAGUUUGCCUCAACCAAAUGUUAUGAAACUUAUACACAAUGCUUAUUACCACAAAAAACAGAUCAAGUUUGAAUUUUGGUGGUCUCACUUUAACCGUUCUUCAGUUAUGUCCCUUUAUAACUUUAUAUGAUAUGCAAGCGGGGCAUCAUCUGUGUCCCAUGGACACAUUCCCCAUUUAUUUUGUGAUGCGACAAGUCCACAAAUAUUAUAAGGGUACCAAUCUAACUGACCUUAGUUUCAGGAUAUAUUGAGAUUUAAUCCCUACCCAAUUCUUUUUCUGAAUCUGAUUCUUAAAGGGAACAGUUGCAUUUAAGAGGUCAUAGUUGAUAAAGACCAGCAGGGUAUGGAAAACCGUUACCCAAUUUUGAUGAUUGGACUUCCAAAAGAGGUGUUAUUGAAUGUUGGGACUCAUGAUUCAAAUAACAUGUUGUGAAACAUAUUUGUUUUCAAGCACUAUCUUUGGAUACCCACUGUUAACAUUAAGGCAAAUAUGCCAUAGCAAUACAGACUACAUAACAAAAAACAAAAAUCAAGUCAUGUUUAAAAAGUUCUUUUACAGUAGGUUUUAAACAAUAGAAAAAGCAGCCCUGCAAAGCAAUCACCAGUCUUACAAGAACUUCUUUACAUGACUUGAUUCAAGUUUUUGGUAGGUCUAGUCAUCUUUUUAAAUGGGCUAAAAAAGAAGCGAUUAUGCAUCUUUUUUUACAUUCAAAAGGGUUGCAAAUAACAUAAACUUGUUGAUUUAAAGCAGUAUAACUGGGCAAUUACAACCUAUCUCAUCACCAGCUAGGUAGGGUAAGGUUAGGGGAACUCUUGCCAAAUUCAUUUAUUUUUAAUUAGGCCCUGUAUGUAUUUUUUCUUUUGCAUUUGGGGGUUCUAGAGGGAUACAAAUAACAAACUUAUUUACCCUCUUCCCACUAGUGGCUAAUCCAUGUUCAUAAUCCUAUCAACUACAAUAAACUCAGGUUCUUUGUGUACAAACUUCUUAUACCCCUGCUUUCUAAAGCGACUUUAAAUAGUGAUGGGGGUGUCCGUUCAUACUAUCCAUUGGCUAUUCCAUUCAUUCUUUCAUCCUUCUGUGAUUUAGUAUCCAAAACUGCUCCUGAACUGCUAGACAGAAUAAUGUGAAACUUUCACAGAACCUUAAUCACAUAAUGUACUUUUGCACCUCUUAUUUCAUUUUUCUCUCGGCUGUGACUGGUGGAAGUCGACACAUAGGUAUUUCUUUUCCGGCAAUGUCGUUGUCAUCAACCGCCAACAAUUCUUAAGUUUUCUGCUUAAAUCAGUUUGAUGACCAUUUCAAGGCCCUGUCCACUAGUUCAUGGUCCAGGGACUUUUAAUUAAUUAGCAAUGUUGUUGUCCAGCAGAUUGUCUUUUUCUGAUUUGUAUGCCGUCAGGCAAGACAUAUGUCUGUGUCAACAGUUUCUUUUAAAUGAAUGAUUUUUGGGGUUUAUUUUUUUAGAUUACAAUUUAUUGACAAUUUCUUACAAUGUUAACCAUAUAAUGCUUUUGUGCAUCUCCUAUUUUGAUUUUUGACUUGAACCAUUUUUGGGUUUUCCUUACCAAAGCAGGACUUUGCCAUUGCUUUAUUUAGGGUGUAGCCAUUUUGUAUCCACAACUCCUAAACCCCUUUUUACAAUUUAUUGAAACAACCUCACAAUCUUAACAAUAUAAUACUAUUGAGCACGUUCAAAAUUGUUUUUAUCUGGAGAAUUUUCUGGGUUUCCUUCUGCAGAUCAUGUGCACAUUCAUAUUUCAAUCCCCAAAAUGCCUGGUCAGAAUUUGAUGAAAUUACCUCAGAAUAUUCAAUAUAUAUUUCCAAAGUGCAGCUCUUAUUUUGUGUUUGAUAGCAAUUAUUUUUUUGUUUUCCCUUACCAAAGCAUUGACUUUGCAAGGGGCGGUGAUUUUUGUUUGUUCUUAAUAUCAUAUUGUCCCCCGUGCAACGCGUUUCGAAAAUCAGUGCCGAUCAAUUAUCUUAAAAAGAGUUAUGUCCCUUUGAAACAUUAUGAUAUGGAAAAUUGCAUCGUUAGCAAUCUCAUGUGUACAAUUCUUGCCAGAUUUUUAUGAAACUUAUAUUGUAGGUUUAUAUCAGCAAUGUCUUGGACGAGUUCCAAAAUCUGUGCUGAUCAAUUAUUUUAAAAGAGUUAUGCCCACUGGAAACAUAAUUAUAUGGAAAAUUGCAUCGUUAGCACUCUCAUGUGUACAAUUCUUGCCAGAUUUUUAUGAAACUUAUAUUGUAGGGUUAUAUCAGCAAUGUCUUGGACGAGUUGGAAAAUCAGUGCCGAUCAAUUAUUUUAAAAGAGUUAUGCCCAUUGGAAACAUUAUUAUAUGGAAAAUUGCAUCAUUAGCACUCUCAUUCGUACCAUUCUUCCCAGAUUUUUAUGAAACUUAUAUUGUAGGUUUAUAUCACCGGUGACUUGGACGAGUUGGAAAAUCUGUGCUUUGCUCUGAAGCAUUCAUUUCUCUAAGAUAUUUAUCAACAGUUUAAAGGACAAAAAUAAAGAGGUUUUUUUUUAGUUAUUGCCUUUGAGCCUUGGAUAGAUAAAAUAUUUGCAACACGGGGGACAUUGGAACUCUGUUCUUUUAUUUUUUUAUAUUAUAAGUCAUGGAGAAAGGGCAUAGGAUUUAUUCUAAUUGUUUAUAGUAUGCUUAAUAAAAAAAAAUUAAUUUAUGAUCCAGUUUUUAUAGACAUAUUGAAUGUUAUAUAAUGCUCAGGUUUAUUGACCAUUAUUUUUUAUGUUAUGAAAAUUAUUAUUAUUUAUUUUAUAAAGUUUAUUCAUGGUAUGAAAUGAACUGUGAUAUUGGUGUUUUUUACUGUACCUUUUUAUGUAAAUACUCCCCAUUUAACUGGGUUAUUUUUCAAUGUCUGCAUGCCAUUUGAUAUAUAAUAGUCAUGUAAUUGUCUAGAUUAUAAUUUAGGCAAAUUCAAAUAUAUCAAUAUUGAUGUCCGUCAGAUUGAUGAUUUGUUAACAUCUAAAGAGUGUCCUAGGUGUCAAGUUUUUCAAACAAAAGUGGGAGAUCUCCCUAUAAAGAUGUUUUUAUGGAGAAUUGGCAUAGAAAUUUCAAUGUUAUUUCAGCUUAAUUUUUGCAGCUCAAUUUUUAGAAUGAAAAAUUCUCCUAUUCAAAAUUCAAAUCACUAAUACAUAAAUAAGUUGAAACAUGUCAGGUACUGUGCCUGGCCAAAAGUAUUUCUCACCUACAUUUUUUGCUAUAUAUUUCAUAUAAAAACACAUUUUAAAAAAAUAUGUCUUGAAACCAUUUGUUUUUGGAUUUUUACAAACCAGGUGUUGAAAGAUGCAGAAUUGUCUAAAUUAUAUUUGUUUAUUUGAUUGUAGUUUUUAUACGCCCGUUUACGGGAUGUAUUAUGGCAUACCGAUGUCCGUCUGACUGUCCGUCUGUCCGUCCGUCCGUCGUCAACAUGUCGGACAUUAACUCAAAAACGCUUUAACCAAAUUGCAUGAAACUUUGGUGAAUUGUUAAUAUCUAUUGACGUGAGCUCCCUUUCGUUUUUUAUAAAUUUUAGAUUUUACAUUUCCAAGUUAUGGGGUUUUAUUCUUCAGUUGUUUUUGUUUUCUCAUGAUGUGAACACGUAUAAUAUUUUUGUACAAAUCAAUUUGGUUGAAAUAUAUAGAAAAUUUUUAAUAAAAAAUAAUGCUUGUGUUUAUAUCAUCAGAAAAUGAUAAAGCUCCACAACUUAAAGUACAACCAAAUAAACAAAUAAAUCUGUGAUAAUUUUGCUUCUAUUGGUACCAAGUUGGUUGAAAUCCAACCAGGAAUGACCCCUCAAUGAUAUUUUUUAGAUAAAGUAGUUUUAUAUGAAAUAUAUGGUGAAAUAUUGUAAGUGAAGAAUAUUUAUGGCCACACACUGUAGCUUUGGAAUUCUUUAUUCAUAAAAAAUUUUGUCAAUUUUAACAUGGUAAACAACAAUUGAUAAUAAAAUAAUGUCAAUUGGCAGGUUGUCCAAAGUGCGAGAUUUCAACCUGUCUGUUAGGGCUAGUAAAAUUUCAAUUUCCACACACACAUGUAGUUAUGACACUGUGAAUGUUAGUAAGGCUCAGAUUAUACAUAGAAAACUAAUACAGGGGAAAAUGGCAUUUAUAUGUUAAAACCCUGCAAUAAUAUCAUAUGCAGUUAUUAAAAAUUGAAUAAUUAACACUUUAUUUUCUUAUUGAUGUACUUUAUGUUAUAAAUUCUUGAAUAAAAUAAUUUACACUACAAA